AUGUCUCAAAAGUUUGCACCGAAUUUAACAUCUUUACUUAUGCGUGAGACGGCAAUAGAAACAGUGCCCCCAUCAAUUGGAUAUCUCUCGGGUCUUGUUAAAUUAGAUUUGGGGUUUUGUAAAAGACUUAAAAGUCUUCCAACAAGCAUUUGUCAUUUGAAAUCUCUUGAAGAACUAGAUCUGACUGGUUGUGAGAAACUGAAAACGUUUCCAGAAAUCUUGGAGCCCAUGGAACACUUGAGAAAUCUUUGUUUAGAUUUCUCGGGGAUUAAAGAGUUGCCAAAGUCUGUUGAAAAUCUAGUAUCCCUCAAAGAUUUAUUUAUAGAAGGUUGCAAGGAUCUUAAGUUUCUCCCCAACAGUCUAUGUAAUUUAAGGAACCUUGAGAAGAUAUGGCUUCUCGUCUGUUCAAAAGUUCAAAAAUUGCCUUCCCUUCCACCGUCUUUGCGUCAAUUGAAAUUGGAUGAUUGUGAGAGAUUGAAAUCUUUACCAGAGCUUCCAUCGCUAUGUUUGAGUUUGUCUGCAAGUAGCUGCACGUCACUGGAGAACAUUUCAGACUGGAGGGCUCCACUAUUACAGCAUCUGGGUGAUAUCAUUGAAUAUGCGAGUUAUGAGGAUUAUAUUGACUUUUACGGAUGUGCAAAAUUGGAUCAGAAUACACACAACACCAUGAUAGCUCAUCGUGCAGUAAUUCAAAUUCUGGCUCGUAUAAAAUUUGGAAGGGUCACAACUUAUCAUAGUUUUUGCUAUCCAGGAGAUGAGAUUCCGGUGUGGUUCAACCAUCAAACUUGUGGGAGUUCAAUCAAUAAUAUUAUGCUUCCUCCAUAUUGGAAUAAUGACGACUUCUUGGCUUUGGCUUUCUGCAUUGUUUUUCAUUGGAAUAAAAUUGACAACAAUAGAAUGUUAAUUCCUAGUUGUACACUGAAUUUCAAAACCAUCGAUGAUGGUAGUCUUUACGAAUAUCAUGAUUAUACUUCAUCCUGCAAGUACAACAAGUUUAGUUCAGAUCACGUGUUCAUAUGGUAUGUAGAAAGACGGUCUUUGGAAUCUAGCGAAGAAAUGGAUGGACUAGAUUGGCCCUCUACCUGUAGUACUGAGGCCUCUUUCCAUGUCUCUCAUAGUUUUUCAGAUUAUGUCAACAACAAUGAAAGUGAGUAUGACGAGAUUAAGAAGUUUGGGGUUCGGUUUGUAUACAAACAAGACAUGGAGAGAUGUGAUGCAGAAACUGAAAGAAAGAAUAAGAGAAGCUUCAAUGAAUGUUGUGAAUCAAGUGGAAGUGAAACUGUUGGCUUUCUUGAGGAAGAAGACGAGGAUGAAUCACAUUCUAAGAAACUCAAGCUUAUGUGACUGUUUUGAAAAUGCAGAGCAAUUGGAUAUUGAGGAACCGGAAAAACAGAACAAUUCCGUGCUACAACUUCAAGACAUGCUUUGCUGCUACUAAAAAAAAAUCAAAGCAUAUUCGACGUAUGCUAAUUUAAGUCCGUUUAAACUUUUUUUUUUCUUUUUUGUAUAUUAAUUAAUAAGAGUUGAUAAACUUUGUUUACAACAUGCAUUUUGCAGUAUUUUAGUGGUAAUUUAUAAACUAAUAAUUAACAACUUGUAAGGUAAUUUCUAGAGGAAAUUUUUGUGACACUCAU